CCUCUGGCCUUGCUGCUGGACUCCUCUCUGGAGGGCGAGUACGAUCUUGUCCAAAGAGUCAUUUACGAUGUGGAUGAUCCCAGUAUGCCCAACGAUGAAGGAAUCACAGCGCUGCAUAACGCCGUCUGCGCCGGCCACGCUGAGAUUGUGAAGUUCUUGGUUCAGUUUGGUGUCAACGUCAACGCUGCUGACAGUGACGGCUGGACUCCCCUUCACUGUGCUGCGUCCUGCAACAACGUGCAGCUUUGUAAGUUCCUGGUGGAAUGUGGGGCGGCCGUCUUUGCCACCACAUACAGCGACAUGCAGACUGCUGCUGACAAGUGUGAGGAGAUGGAGGAGGGCUACGCUCAGUGCUCCCAGUUCCUUUAUGGUGUGCAGGAGAAGAUGGGGGUAAUGAACCGUGGCGUGGUGUACUCUCUGUGGGACUAUGAGCCUCAGAGGGAUGACGAGCUCGGCUUCACUGAAGGAGACUGCAUGACGGUGCUGAGACGGGAGGACGACGUGGAGAUGGAGUGGUGGUGGGCACGGUGCGCCGACCAAGAGGGGUACAUCCCACGCAACCUGCUGGGGCUGUACCCGAGGAUCAAGCCACGGCAGAGGAGCCUGGCCUAA